CGUUAAUAUAAAAAACGAGCACAGGAAAAUAUCUUGAACACCGCCAUAUUCUCUUAUCCCUUCGAAAAGCUCCGUUCCUCUCCUCCCCUUGACCCACAUCGCCGUUCAAUCUUGAUCCGCCGCCGCCGCCACCCACAUGUCAAUCGUUCCUUACAGCGAUCCAGAUCCGCCGCAUCGCCGCCACCGCGGAAUUCCCAUCAACCCAGAUGACCCGUCACAAGAGCGGCCGCCUAAGCCAAACGCAAUCUCCACCCCAAGAAAGAUCCUUUUCGUGUUCUUGAAAUGCGCCGUCAUGGCUUUUAUUCUCUCCCUCUUUCUCAUCUUCCUCGGAUUCGCCGCCGUCAUCCUCAUCCACUUUCUCCUCACCACGACCGCCUUCCGGCGCCGGCGCCGCCGUCGAGAGCGCCAUCCCGGGAGAGCCGCUGAAGCGUCUCCGCCUCAUUCCGCGCCGGAUCUGAUGGACCGCCUGCCCUGCCUCAGCUACUCCUCCUCCUCUGGUCUAAUGGCCAAGGAUUGUGCGAUUUGUUUGGACAGCUUCAAGGAAGAUGAACGGUGUAGAAAGUUGCCAGCUUGCAAUCACUUGUUUCAUAUGAAAUGCGUGGAUUCUUGGAUCGGGAAAGUUCCCAAUUGCCCAAUUUGUCGGACCCGGGUCGAGUUAGAUUCCAGUGGAUCCAAUUUGAGCAAUGAAGAUUGGAAGACAUGGUGGGUAGUUGGUGUUUGAAAAGGGUGGAAACCUAGAAUUUUGGCCUAUAGUUCUUUUUGUGUGUGUUUUUUAGCUUUAGUAAGAUAUCCUUGAAAUAGCUUCUGGUUCUCUUCUCCCUUUUCAGCUUUCUUUUUAUGUCAUGUAAAAUAUAUGCUGGUUUGUUUUUAUGUCAACUAACAAAGCUUCAAAGAAGUUCAGCAUUGACUCUGUUUGAUUGCCUUUUCAUGGUUAUCGGGUGAAGUAUUUGGCAGUACAUAUUCCAUGUAGAGUGUACAGAAAGUUUCCUCAGGUUAAGCAGUUAAG